AUGGAGGAUGAUCGAGCGCAGGUCGACUUGGGUAUAGCUGUGGAUGUAGAGGAGAGACAGGAGGAAACUGCGGCUCAGAGACAACCAAAGAAACGGUUCGUAGGUAGGAGGCAGGCGGCGGAGGCGGCGGCAUCAAAGGAUGGUCCCAAUAGCAGUGUCGAGAACAGUGGCGCGGUUCAAGUCUCAACUCCAAGGCGAACCCCUCGAACCUUAAACCAAGUCCCUCCUGAAAUCCUCAAUGACCCUGAAAUCAACGCCGCGAUUGCCCUACUCCCUUCCAACUACUCCUUCGAAAUUCACAAGACUAUCCACCGAAUACGAACAAAUGGUUCCAAGAAAGUUGCUCUGCAGAUGCCGGAAGGUCUUCUGCUAUUCGCAACCACCAUCUCCGACAUUCUCACACAAUUUUGCCCCGGGAUCGAGACACUUAUAAUGGGGGAUGUUACGUACGGCGCGUGUUGCAUCGAUGACUAUACUGCGCGAGCUCUCGGAUGUGAUCUCUUGGUACAUUAUGCGCAUUCAUGUCUGAUUCCAGUGGAUGUCACAAAGAUCAAGACUCUGUACGUUUUCGUGGACAUCAGUAUCGACACGGCGCAUCUACUGGCUACGCUGGAAAGAAAUUUCUCAUCUGGCAAGACUAUAGCCAUGGUGGGCACCAUUCAGUUCAACGCCACGUUACAUGGAGUCCGAGCACCUCUGGAGAAAGCGGGAUACAAAGUUCUGAUCCCGCAGAUAGCCCCUCUGAGCAAAGGGGAAAUUCUCGGAUGUACAUCGCCUCGACUGACGUCUACCGACGGUGUUGAUAUAAUCCUCUAUCUUGGGGAUGGCCGCUUUCACCUCGAGAGCGCAAUGAUCCACAACCCCUCCAUCCCAGCGUAUCGCUACGAUCCGUAUUCCCGAAAACUUACACGCGAGAGUUACGACCACAAGGAAAUGCACACUUUACGGCGUGACGCCAUCUCUUCUGCCAAGUCAGCGAAGAAAUGGGGCCUGAUCCUCGGAUCUCUGGGCCGUCAAGGAAAUCCGCAUACCAUGACGAUGAUCGAGAAAAAGCUCGAAGCUCAAGGGAUUCCAUAUAUCAAUUUACUCUUGAGCGAAAUCUUCCCCGGGAAGCUAGCCAUGAUGGAUGAUGUGGAAUGUUGGGUACAGGUUGCGUGUCCACGGCUUAGUAUUGAUUGGGGCUAUGCUUUCCCACGACCAUUGUUGACGCCGUAUGAAGCGCUGAUUGUCUUGGGGGCAAAGGAGGACUGGGGGAAGGCAAAUGAUGGAGUCUAUCCGAUGGACUAUUAUGCAAAGGAGGGACUUGGCAGGACAAAGAAUCCUACUGUGCUGGCAGCCACGGGGUAA